ACAAAAUUGGAUUAAUGGUCGACAUAAACAUAUAUCUUUUCAAGGUCAUGGCAAUAACGUUGUUACAUGUCUUCAAUUUGAUUCCGAAAAGAUAAUUUCAGGUUCUGAUGAUCAAUGCAUCAAUGUAUAUGAAACUUCAACGGGUAAAUUAAUUAAUCGACUUGAGGGUCAUGAUGGUGGUGUAUGGGCAUUACAAUAUGUUGAUAAAACGUUAGUAUCCGGUUCUACUGAUCGAACCGUGAGAGUGUGGGAUCUUGAAAAAGGCAUUUGCACUCAUGUUUUCCCGGGGCAUACGAGUACUGUUCGAUGUCUUCAAAUUAUAAUGCCACAAAAUGUUAAUACGAAUCCUAAUGAGCCACCAAUUGUUGAACCACCAGUUCCUUUGAUAGUUACAGGUUCAAGAGAUUCCACUUUAAAAGUUUGGCGCUUGCCAAACCUUGAAAAAAAUGAUCCUCAUUAUCAGCCUACAAUUCCGUCAUCACCAUCCGACAAUUCUCAAUAUACGGACAAUAAUCCUUAUUUUGUUCGUACGCUUCAGGGACAUUCGCAUUCAGUUCGAGCUUUAGCAGGAGUUGGAAACACUUUAGUAAGCGGAAGUUACGACUGUUCUGUAAGGGUUUGGAACAUUAUGACUGGUGAAUGCCUUUGGCGAUUAAUCGGACAUACACAAAAGGUAUAUUCUGUCGUAUUAGAUGCAAAACGAAAGAGAUGUAUGAGUGGAAGUAUGGAUGGUACAGUAAAGGUAUGGAGCUUAGAGGAUGGGACAAUUGUAUGGACUUUAGAAGGUCAUUCUUCCCUUGUCGGUCUUCUCGAUCUUUCUCAUGACUAUCUUGUUUCCGCUGCUGCUGAUUCUAGUCUUCGCAUAUGGAAUCCUGACGAUGGAACUUGUAAACAUGUUUUGACAACACAUUCUGGUGCCAUUACAUGUUUCCAACAUGAUGAUAGCAAAGUCAUAUCAGGAUCUGAUGGAACUCUUCGAAUGUGGGAUGUUAAGACAGGUCGUCAACAACGAAAUUUAUUAACUGGUUUAAGUGGAGUCUGGCAAGUUAAAUUCGAUGAACGGAGAUGUGUUGCUGCAGUUCAAAGAAAUUCUGUAACGUGGUUUGAUGUUUUCGACUACAAUGAAAAUUUUCAAUAUCCAUCAUAA